CUGUAAUUAAAAAUGGUGGUCUAAGCUUCACCCACCCCGCACAUGAUAAAGAAAAAUAUUGUUGCCGUUUACCAGGUUGGUGGUGAUCAAAAUGUCAACUUAAAGGAAUGCUUAAUUUGAGGCAUUUCUCGUGGACAAAGAUUGAGUGUAAAAUCUUGCAACCCAAGAACACUAGCAGCAAAACUACUGUACAGACAUUAUACAGAAAGCCAUUGACUAUGCCUAGUUACCUAUAUUUGUUUACAUAGAAAGAAAAACUUCCAUUCCGAUUACCAAUUCCCAGAGUUUGAAAAUGCAAUGUUUUUCAACUGUUGUGUGUUCACAACCAUCCCGAAUUGCCUCCAUUUUUCACCUGUUCGCUUAUCCCCAUUAAUCAUCCCGUACAGACUUUUAUCUUUUAGUUUUGCAAUAGAAAAGAAUAACCCACAAAAGUAGUAGAUUAUAUGAAUCUCAAAAGUAGGAGGAUGAUGCUGACAACAUUUCAGAGAAAUGGCGUACCUGGGCUCCUGUUUCUUGUGAUAUUCUUCUCUUUUCAUCUGUUAAAAAUCAGCUCAGCAGCUGGAAAUGAAGCAGAAGCCCUUGUGAAAUGGAAAACCAGCUUACCUUCCAACUCUGUUCUUGAUUCAUGGUCUCUAAACAAUUCCAGAAAUCUUUGUAACUGGACAGGCAUUAAAUGCAGCAGGGCGGGAACAGUUUCUGGGAUCAAUCUCUCUGGGGCUGAUCUCAACGGAACCCUUGAUCAGCUUGAUUUCAGCUCAUUUCCAAAUCUCACGGUUUUGGACAUCAACACAAACAAUUUUGAAGGGGUCAUUCCAUCUGCCAUUGGUAAUCUCUCCAAACUUGCUUAUUUGGAUUUGACUACCAACUUGUUUGAGGAUAUCGUACCUGUGGAGAUUGGCUUGCUAACAGAGUUAAGGUACUUGAGCUUGUUCAACAAUAGUUUCAAUGGUCCUAUUCCUUAUCAAAUUGAAAACCUUCAGAAAUUAAGACACUUGGAAUUGGGAGGGAACUAUUUUGAUGGGGUCAUUCCGGGGGAGAUUGGCUUGCUGACAAAACUAAGGUACUUGAGCUUGGUAUACAAUAGUUUCAGUGGUCCUAUUCCUUAUCAAAUUGGCAACCUUCAAAACUUAAGGUUCUUGAACUUGGCAGAGAACUAUUUAGAGACUCCAGAUUGGUCAAAGUUUCCAAGCAUGCCUCUUUUAUCAUUCCUCUUCAUCUCUGGCAAUGAACUAACUUUGGGAUUUCCAGAUUUCAUAACAGGUUGUCAGAAACUCAGCUUUCUCGACUUGUCUUUUAAUUAUUUGACUGGCCCAAUUCCUCCAUCUUUAUUCACUAAUUUGGUUAAUCUGGAGUAUCUUGGUCUCAGUGACAAUCAGUUUCAAAGGCUGCCAUCACCAAGUUUUGCCAAUGUGUCAAAGCUGAACAAUCUUCAGUUACAUAACAAUAACUUUUCUGGCCCAGUUCCAGAAUUUUUGGGUAAUAUUUCAAGUCUUGCCUAUGUUAAAUCGUACAAUAACUUUUUCGAAGGUAAAAUACCAUCAUCCUUAGGAAAGCUCAGAAAUCUCGAGUAUCUUGAUCUCAGGAAAAAUUACCUGAAUUCAACUAUUCCUUCUGAGCUUGGCCUUCUUAGUAAUCUCACAUUUCUUUACCUGAAGAAAAACCAGUUAUCAGGACCCAUUCCACCAGAAAUUGGCAACCUGCGGAGUUUAUUACUUUUAGACCUUUCUGAAAACCAGCUUUCUGGUCCAAUACCUAAAACAUUUGGGAACCUCACAAGUCUUUUCAACUGCCUACUUAUAUCCAACAAUUUAAGUGGCACAUUACCUCAAGAAAUUGGAAAUUUGACCACACUGUCUUCUUUUGAAGUCGGCAAUAAUAAGUUGAGUGGGAAAUUACCUGCGGAAAUUGGAAAGAUGAGGGCACUCGCUUAUUUUUCUGUCAAAAGUAAUAAGCUGAGCGGAAACUUACCACCAGAAAUUGGAAAAAUGAGGGCACUCACUUAUUUUUCUGUCAAAAAUAAUACGUUGAGUGGAAAUUUACCACCAGAAAUCGGAAAUAUGACAGCCCUUAAAUCUUUGGAUGUCCGAAGUAACAAUUUGAGUGGAGAGUUGCCUCGCACACUCUUCAAUCUUGAUCGCCUGGUGAAUUUGUCCCUCUCUGAUAAUCAGUUUUCUGGUCUCAUCUCGCUGGACUUGUGA